AUGUGGGUUGGAAAGAGUCAUGAGGAGAAGAGAACCAGCACCAGGAAUGGAUUAGUCGCCGUCGCGGUUGACAAGGACAAAGGCAGCCAAUUUGCCAUCCGAUGGGCCGGCGAUCAUCUCCUCUCCAGGGGUCAAACUGUCGUCCUCAUUCAUUCGCACACCAACAUCACCACCGCCGUCACCACCAGCAACAUCAUCAUCACCACCACCAUUCCGCUUCUGACAUUGCUCAUGGAGCUUCAUCCCCCCAACAGAAACAGGACCUCGACAAGCCAACCAAGGACCUGUUUCUCACCUUCCAUUGUUAUUGCACUCGAAAAGAUAUCUUAUUUGAACCAGAUACACAGCCUAGAUGUUGUACUGGAAGAUACAGACGUGGUCAGGGCACUUACUGACUAUGUCUCUUACGCUGCAAUUGAAUCCUUGGUUCUUGGUGCUUCAUCGCGGCACGGCUUCAUCAGAUUAAAGUCUUCGCAUGUCCCAAGCAGUGUCUCGAAAGGGGUACCGGAUUUCUGCACCGUUUAUGUCAUCUCCAAGGGAAAGGUCUCUUCUAUGCGGAAAGCCUCUCAUCCGGCCCCUCAUGCCUCCCCUCUUCUUGACCAAAUACAGACCCUUAAAGAGAAAACAGCCGGCUCAGAAAGAUACUUGCAAAAUAGCUUAAGAGAAAAACCCUUACCUAGACCUCUCAGCAGGCAACACGAGUCCAUGAAGUCGACAUGGGAUAGAGGAAGGUCAUAUGGAUAUGUCGCGGGGAUAAUGUCCGACACGGAUUCUGACAUUUCAUUUGUCAGCUCAGGAAGGCCAAGCACAGAUCGCCCAUCCUCCGUGUUCUAUGACCAUAAUGACUUCUUCCACCCUCCAAGGCUUUCCACCAGUUCUGAUAGGUUAUCCAUUCAUUCACUGCACAAGUUUGCCGACCUCAAUUCUCUGCAGGAAUUUUCAUCAGCUUCAUAUGAAAGUGGACGAACAUCAAGUUCAUCACACAACAUGGUAAUAUAUUCUCAUUCUCAGACUUACAAGUAUUCGCCACAUACAGGGUAA